AUGGCAGCCGAAGGCAGCGGCACGGCCCGGCUGAAAAGCGCUCUGGAGGAAAUCGAUGAAAACGAUGACGAUUUCGUGUUCACCAUUCGCAAGCCCGGGACCGGGAACAACGGGACUGGCGACGAUGACGAUGGGGAGGAUUUCGUGUUCAACAUCCCCAAGAAGAUCGUUCAGGCAGUUGCUGCGCCGAUCAUCUUCACCAGCCCGCAUCCCAGGCAGACUCCUGGGUUCGGCCAGGGCCCGACUGGAGCUAGUGGGAACAGCGGGAGCAGCAACCGGGUUCCCUCGGGACAACAGUCAGGGCGAAAGAGCCCUGCCAUGUCUGGCGCUAAGGUUUCCCCCGACGAUGCAGCCGCAGCAGGAGGGGGAGAGGGAGGAGGCGAGGGAAACCCGGCCCAGAGCGGGCUGAUAGCCCGAGCCAGAGCAGCGUGGUCUGUGCAGGUGGGGCGGUCGGGAGGGAAGGAUGGCGGGGGGACGUGGGAGGGGGAGAAGAUCCGGGGGCAGGUGGGGAAUCUGGCCCCGUCGGGGCUGACCUGGGAGGAGGAGAUUGCGUCGCAGCUGGCGUCGGUAGGGGUGCUGGUGGGGCCGGCGAAAGCCCAGGCCAUGGCUGCUGCUGCCGCUGCUGGUGGAGGAGGUGGAUCUGGUAGUGCUGCUGCUGCUGGUGGCGGGUCCGGAGGAGCGGGUGCAGGAGGAGGAGGAGGAGCGGCAGGGGGAGGGGCAGCAGGAGCAGGAGAAGGGGGAGGAGGGGGAGGAGCAGCAGCAGGAGGUGCGACGACGCCUAGGAGCAGGCUGAACCAGCCGCCGAUCGAUCAUGCACGGUCCUUUUCAACUGUGGGAUCCGGGUCAGGGUUUGGCAUGCAGGGGUCGCGGCUGAGGGACCGGGUGUAUGUGGGCAUGCCCGCACAGGCGGCUGGGAGGAUUUUUGCCCGCAACACGUCCAUGCCCAAUGGCGGGCGGCCAGCUGGCGGCGCGAUUGGAGCUGGCCUAGGCGGGGGCCUGGGGCGGCUGGCUCGGGGGCUGAAGAAGACUUUCAACCUGCAGAGCAGUCAUGACAAGCUGAUUGGGUUUGGGCAAGGGUUGGUGGUGGGCAUGGAAGCUUGGGAGGCUGGUGAGGAAGCUGUUGGCAGCAUACGCUCUGCAGGAAGAGCAUGA